UGCUUCAAGGCCAGAAGCAACACCAAUGGAUUUUGUUGUGCGUCCCAAGUCUAAGAUUGAUCCAGAUGAAAUUAGAGCUCUUGCAAUGCAAGUUGUUCAAGAUCAGCAUCGUCUAAAGAUGAAUAAGAAAUUGCAGCAGUUGAAAGCACCCAAAAAGAAGCAGUUGCAGGCUACUAAACUUAGCGUUUGAGGGUCAUGGUAUGCUUAAGUACCUGUAACGAUACCCCACCCAUCCAAAUUGCCAUGAAAGAAGGAUGCAACUAUGUGAGCCCAAUCAUAUUUAAUUUGCUGCUAUCGGAGACAUUUGGCCGCAAAGGCCUAUAUAAGCUUUCUUUCUGUUGCGUUGAAGAGAGCUACUUUUAAGUGUCUUGAUGCAGUCAUUUCUUUUGCCAAAAAGAAAAAUCAAUUCAAUCAUGAUCGAGAAGGCACGCAAGAAAAAUAAUGAUCUUGUAUAAAUUUUUUUAUACAAUGUUCUAGAGUUUUAUUAUUUAAUAGAGAUUUAACUAUAAUAUCUUUCAUCAAAUAAUUUUCUUGUAAAAUAAUCGUUUUAUGCAGCUCAAAUUCAAAUGUCAACAAUCUAUACAUGAAUUUGUAAUUGUCUAUCAAUAAAAACUAAUCAAUCAUCGAUCCAUUGGCAAGAUGCCUUGAGGUCGAACAUGAAAUAAAAUGAAGAAAACUAUACCUGAUCGAACAGAGAAUGUUUUCUGCUUCGAGCUCGGAAUUCUUUAAUGCCUGCAAUUAGUCGUUUUCAACACUUUGGCCAAAAAAAAAAAUUUAACACGUUUUUUAGCUCAGUCAUUUUGACCGUUAGAUUUGAUAGUUUCAUUCUGAACCGUCAGAUUUGGUACUCAAAUUGCCUUUUCUUUUCUUCAUAAUUCUUCUCUCAUCCUCCACCUAUUCUAAUAGCAGAAAGAAAAAACAUCUUGUUUCUGUGUGACAAGAGAUAUGCGUUAAGGUUUUGAUAUCCCACAUAACUUGAAAUUCAGGCAAUGGAAGGGAUGGAACGGUGGAAGGAUCUAUUAGAGCAGUUGAAGAUUCAAUUGGAGCCGUGGAAGAAUCAAUUGGAGCAGUGGUUGCAUCAACCAAUUGAGUAUUUGAAUCAAAUACCCCCAAUUCAACUCUAUGCUGCUAUUGCUGUCUUGCUUAUAUCUACCCUACUGCUUUUGUCCUUCCGCUUGUUCAAACGCACAAAAUCAAAUACCAUUCUAAUCACUGGCCUUAGUGGGAGUGGAAAAACUGUUCUUUUCUAUCAGCUUCGUGAUGGUUCCUCACAUCAAGGUACUGUUACAUCCAUGGAACCAAAUGAGGGCACUUUCAUGCUAAAUUCCGAAAGUAAUAAGAAGGGCAAAAUCAAGCUUGUCCAUCUUGUUGAUGUUCCUGGGCAUUCUCGUCUGCAGCCCAAACUGGAUGAGUUCUUGCCUCAAGCAGCUGGCAUUGUGUUCGUUGUGGAUUCUUUGGAGUUCUUACCAAACAGCCGUUUAGUUGUAGAGUAUCUGUAUGAUAUUUUGACCAAGGCCAGUGUGGUCAAGAAGAAAAUUCCACUUCUCAUCUGUUGCAACAAAUCUGAUAAAGUGACAGCGCAUACCAAGGAGUUCAUCAGAAAGCAAAUUGAAAAGGAAAUUGAUAAACUGCGGGCAUCAAGAAGUGCAAUUUCGGCAGCCGAUAUUUCAAAUGACUUCACUCUGGGGGUACCUGGAGAAGCAUUUGCAUUCUCUCAGUGUAGAAACAAGGUUACUAUUGCUGAAGCUUCUGGUUUGACAGGCGAAGUAGAGCGAGUAGGACAGUUUAUCAGGGAACAUGUAAAGCCAUAGGCUAAAGCAUUCAUUCUGCUUUUGUCUGUCUCUGUAAAGCUCUCUUUAAAGCUGGUCUUAGUGGUUAAAGGAGGCUAGGGAAACCGCUGAAUUUGUAAGAGAAAAGAGGAGAGGAAAAACUUGUAGCUGCCAACUGAUUUACAAUAUUGUUUUGGAUUAGAUGUGAAAUGUGAUUAUGAAAUGAUUAUCAACACUUCUGUAAUUUUAAGAAUUCUUUGAUGUGGGUUUCAUCUGUGAUUGAAAUUAAUCAAAGAAUGAAACUACAAAAGCUUUGAAGCCGUAGGAUUAUCAAUUUUCAAGAAAACUAUUCCAAUAAAUUUAAUUUAUUUGUUUGUCAAAAAAAUGGUUCAUGAAGUUUGACUUGAUUCUAUGGAGUCUGAACAUUAAAAAUAAAAUAAAAAAUAAAAACACGAAAAAUGUCUGACUUGAUCCACCAAUCAACAUUUUUCUGGCCAAUUAAGGAAUGGUACUAACAU